AUGGAUACAGUUCCGCCUGAUCGCGAGUGGUACACUGGCUCAUUCGAAUACGAGGGAUUUGUCUUCAAAUGCUACGCUGUUGAACGUGGGAAACAUCAUCGUGGAAAUGGAAGGCUGGUUGCGACAAAGGAAGAAUUGGUAAAUUUAUGCUGCUGAGAGUAAUGUACGCGUGUUGGGCCAACUAAGAAAGCUACACGUGAACAUUUCUAUUUUUAUGGCUUUUAACUUCACGGUCAACAUAUUUUCAUUUCAGCGUAUUCUGGAGAACAAGGUGAACGGAAUGCUGAGAUUUUCUAGAAGCGUAAGAAGCCCUGAGACCAGUAAGCUUCUGAAAACAAUUAUUUCAGGAGGAGCGCAAAAAAGUGCAAGCAAGUGUGAUGAACCUUCUGCGUCUCUACUCUCGAAUCGCCACUCUUGGAUCUCAAGGCUACACUGCUGUUAGUAACAACUCUUUUAAUGGAAGUUCCCAUUAAAAAUGCAAAUUUUCAGGCUAGAAGACAUGAGUUUGAGGUUCUUGGCUUUGUUGCAGACAGAGAUCACAAAGCGAUGGUGUACGAAGCGUCUUCUAAGAUUACUCUUCAGGACUUGAUUGCUGAGAACGAGGAACGCAAAAAAAUUACUUUCCGUAAACUGUUCCGUUAUUUUUUGAAUACUCCUGAUUCUAAUUAGUGUGAUUUUUUGCUGCGAAGACUGGAAUCCAAAAAACAAAGCAGAAUAUAUUUUAGUUACUGACGGGUGAAUGACCGAGGUAUCCCCAGCAAUUACCAGAUCUGUAAUCUGUUCGUAUUUAUUUAUAAUUUAUUGCUUGUAUUAUAUAUACAAAAAAGUUAAAGUAUUAUCUUAAAAUAUCACGCUUUGCUUUAGUUACAAUGAUCCAACUCACUUACGAAUUUGCUAAAUCUCGAUCUAUCAAUUCAUGAAAUUAUUAACAUUUUUUUAUCAAUAGCACUUCAUUAUUCUAUUUAGUUAGCACCUUCUUCUUCUGUUGUUGAUAGCUAAUGCUGGUGAAUUGAAUUAGUCCAAAGUACGUUAAAAUGAAAUAAUUCUGAAGUUCUCUUGUUUUGAAAAUUACUAAUUCACGUCGUAUGUAUAUACACACUUGAAUUAAUGUCCAUGAUAAAGAUAUUUUCUGUAUUUUACUUGUUUUCGUGCUUGGCCAAACUCUGAGGUUUUUCUGCUGCACUUCCGUUCAUAAAAUGCGUAAAUUUUCACGAUGGCCUAACAAAUGCACUCGCCGCGGCCGUGGCCUGAGAAUCGCCGCCGACACUUUUCUAAUGUGCAGAAAAAUUGAUUAUUAGCAUUUUCUUGUUAAAUCUCCGUUUUUUCCGCGAAAUUUUUCAGAAACCAAAAAAAAAAACGAGAAUAUCUAUUCGAUGUCAUCCAAAAAACCGUUUUUGUCCGUUAAAUUCACUAUUAAUCUUUUAUUUUUCGAUUUUAUCGAUUCUCGCUGGAGAUUUUCGUGAAUUUGUAAAAGUUUGCAGUAAAAAUGUGCGAUGAACUCGGAAGAGGACGACGAAAUAAAAGAAAUCAAAUACGCGAAAUACUUCAAGCCGAAUUGGCGGAAAAUAAUUGGAAUUCAGACGAUGACAUCGACGAGGUCGAUUGUUCGGAUCGAGGUGAACUUUCGAUUUUUUUUUCGAAAAUCAAUACAAUUCUAGAUUCUCCGGGCCCGUCUGAAAAAAAAGCUGAAAAAUUCGACAACCUCACUCCGCAAAUCGAAGAAAGAAAGCCCAAUGAACUUCUGGAAGAGCCCCGUUCGUCAAUUCUCAACGCUCCCUCAGUUAUCGAACAUUUCACAACCGAGGAGAGCAACGCCGUCGUUCGAUUCGUUCUCGACGAGAUCAGAAGCAAAUCGGAAGGACGCGAGGGACGCGUCGCCAAAAGAAAGGUGGAUCCGAAGUCGAUGCACUUUUGGGCCCGAUUUACAUUGCAAUGCGAGAAUGCCUGGCGAAAACCUGUCUCGUAUUCCGAUCAGUUAGUGUUUAUUUAAAGUAUUUUUCAAAUUUUCGAAAAGUAGCUUGAAAUUAACUAAAUGCUGCUCUUUUCAGUUUCUGUCGCUGCAUUAAUCACCUUCACGAGAACGUCUAUCUGACGAUGGAGGAGAAAGUGGAUCUCUAUUAUUCGCUUGAUGUUCCAGUCCACAAAUCGCUGCGUACGGCAUUCGAGCAGCUCUUCGACGUUGAGUACGACAAGGAGGGUGUCAUCACCGGCAGUCGUUCGCUCGACCACUGGGACCCCGUUCAUCCGGAGAGCGACCGCGAGCAGCAACCCCCUACUUAUAUACCGCCCGUUUAUUUUGGCAGCAGCAGAAGUUCGCGGUCGAAAAGUAGAGAGUUCAGGUGCCGUUUUACUGUUUUUGCUCUAAAUUAGCUGGUUUUUAAGGGAAUGUCAGAAAACUGUAUUUUUCUCAUUUUCAGAACUCUCAAAAGAUUCACGGAGAAAGAAGACGGGAUGAUGUGGAAGUUUGUGUUGGAUGGUGUAAAAAAUGGCGACGGGGACAUGCCCAAAAUCCGUUUUUGGCAGAAAUUUCAAAAAUCCAUCAAGACGAACAAAGAGAUCCCCGUGAGAUCCGCCGACGUCUUCCGGACCAGGUUCCUCGCAAACUUUAAUAUUUGCUGAAAUUUUGAUUCAGAUUCGAUCGAAUUCUGGCGCCUAACCUUCACCGAAUGCCGUUCGAUUCCAUGACCAAAGCGGCGCUUUAUCAGAGUCUCAAACUCCCAGUUCCGGAAGAAUAUCGCGUGAAGUAGGAUUUUUCCACAGUAUUCUUUCAAAAAUGAUUGAAUAUUUGCUUCAGAAUCAUGGAAGAAACGGGUGUACAACUGUCGGAUAACGGAGAAGUGCUCGAAAAUAAGUACCGUCCACUCUCGCUGGUUUUGCAAUCGUACCCGUUCGAAAGUGGCACGAUCGGAAUACAAUCGUCCACUCGCUUCUCCAAACUCAAACGUCCGUCAAAAUACAACGAUACGAUACCGUACUCGGAGGCAGAGAAUAUGCGCAUCUGGGAGUAUUUGCUCGAGAAACAUCGAGACGAACGCGGAAAAUGCAUCAGAUAUGUAGGAAAAGCUACUGGAUAUAAGCUGUGGCAGCAUUAUGUGGCGGAUAUGAAGACUCAACGGAACUGGCAGAGUUUGAGCAGACAGUAUGCUUGAAAUAGGUUUUCUAGUUUGAAAACACUACUUUCAGCUUCUCCGAAUACCUCACUAAGAAUAUUUUGUCAACGAGCUUCGACAUCAUCACCAAACUCGAGCUCUACUACAUUUUUAACAUUCCCGUCGACAAACAAGCGCUCAAACGGUUUAUCUUUUUCCGUUGCUGUCAAAAACUUUUGCAUUCUUUUCAGUUUCGACGCAAUUUGCACACUGAUUUGCCGCAAUCACAAAGGGUGCAUUCGUUACGCGCUCGGACUCGACUUUGAGUUUGGAAAGAAGAGUCUGACGACCACUGUCGGACCACAGUACUCUUCGGAAGAAGAUGACGAGGAGAAAGAGGGUGCUGCGGAUUUCGAUAAACUAAUUCACAAUAGAAACAGUGUCAAGCAUCCGUAUAUGCAAGUUUUCUUGGAAUAGCUGGAGAUUACAUAUUACAUUGAUUGUUCAGCGCACUUGGCCACGACUACAUCCACACUCUGAAAAAGCGCAAAACGAUAAGCAGUUGGAAAAGAACAAUGAUGGCAGUCGGAGACGACGAGCCGCGGAGCAAGCGGGAAAAAGCGGAAGAUGUGGGGGAGUGUGAAGGAGCCCAAACGUUGCUGAAAGAGAUGAAACAAGAAGAGCCGAUGGAUCUGGAACUGGAAAUGCUGAAAGAGCCAAAGUUGGAAGAUCCGUUGCAGAGCGAAGUGGUUUCGACUGCCGCGGCUCCAGAAACGAAUCCGAAACAUCAGACUUUGAUUGAAGCGGUAAAAGUUUUGAGCCAAAAUCGGGACCAUUCAAAGGACCACGAGUAUCGACCACGGGCGAGCAGAUACGUGUAUCCGAAACAAAUCGAUCCGAAUGUGGCCCCUACCGAUUUAUUCGAAAUGAUUCAGAAGACGUUUGGAGAGGACACGAAAGCUUCUUCUUCGUCGUCUACUUCUAUUUCUCCGAACGGAAUUUAUAAAGUUGUAAUGCCAGAAGAAUCCGCCUACUCGAAGCACACCAAAAUGCGGCAGCUAACUGAGAAGACAUUCGAGGGACGGUCCGCUGGACCACAAAUACCAUUGACGUCCUCCGCUCCUCCUUCUGAAGCAUGUGUGCGAUACGUGAUCCCGCUGCCAAAUAUGGAACCGCCGACAAAACGGAUUGACGCCGCGUUCGAUCAAAUGGAGGAUCACGUUCGAGAAUUCUGCCGCAAACUCAGAUUAGCAUGCGGAACGAUGACUGCCAGCCAGAAGCACCAUUAUGCGGAGCGAACGGAAGUAAGAAAUUAGGACAAUUUGCAACCAACCAAUCAUUUUGUUUCAGCAUCUGUUGAGAAUUUACAAUAUCACCACAAGGGACCUUUUCAUCACACCGGCAAAUCCGUCCGAACAAAAAGGCCAAGAGGGCGCGAACACCCUCUUGCAACCCUAG